AGAGAGAGAGAGAGAGAGAGAGAGGGAGGGAGAGAUGGGCAAUGGCAGCUUCUGUCGCCGCUCUCAACUCGCCGUGACGAACCUGGUGCUCGUGCUGCUGCUGCUGCUGCUGCUCGUAUCUCCGUCGCAGUCGGAUCAACGAGUCAAGCUCAGCCUCUACUACGAGGCUCUCUGCCCCUACUGCGCCAACUUCAUCGUCAACUCGCUGUCGAAGGUGUUCGACACCGGGCUCAUCUCCAUCGUCGACCUCAGGCUCGUCCCUUGGGGCAACGGCUGGAUCUCGCCCGACGGCUCCCUGUCUUGCCAGCAUGGACCAGAUGAGUGUCUACUGAAUGCUAUUGAAGCUUGUGCCAUUACCAUCUAUCCGGACGUGAACCGGCAUUUCAGGUUCAUCAAUUGCGUGGAGCAAUUGACCCUGCAGGGUAGGCAAGGCGAAUGGCGCAAUUGCUUGGGCGCGACGGGCGUCGGCAAUGCUCCGGUGGAUUGUUAUAAUGGAGGCUUUGGAAACAAGCUUGAGCGGACGAACGCCGACGAAACUGGUCGUCUCAACCCGCCGCACAGAUUCGUCCCGUGGGUGCUUGUUAACAAUCGACCACUCCAGGAGGAGUUCCCGAAUUUCAUGAGCCAUGUAUGCAAGGCCUACAAAGGCGAUUGCGUACCGGCGGCGUGCAAGUCGCUUCCGGCGACCGUCGAUUCCUCCGGGGAGGAGAUUAGGUCCAUUCCGGUUUGCUAUCCAAGCCAAGCAGGAAACGUCACUUCUGGGCUCCAAUAACAAAGAUGGUAUUAAAUUACCAGCAAUCAGAAAAAAUAAAUUAAAAAAAUGAUGGUAUUGCUGUUUAUUUAUCUCUCUAGGGAGUGAUUAUAGCUAAUUUCUCGUGCAAUGGAAGGGUGAUGCAGAUACAAUUGAUUUUGCAUCUUAUAACAUAUGAUGCUGCUGAAGUCAGCUGUGGUUAGUGAUUCUUUUUUUAUAUUUUGCUGUUCUUUUAAAUCCACCUCUGGAGCUUGAAAUGUCAAAAUCAUCUUAUGAUAUAAAAGCUAUUUACCACUUGUCCAAA